AAUUAAAAUAACUUUCAUUUUAGUGACGUGGCUGUGUUGCACCUCAUAUAGUUCGGGUGAGUCACAUGUCAAUAAAAUAAAAUAAAAUAAUAAAAUAAAAUAAAAUAAAAUUAAAUUAAAUUAAAUUAAAUGACAAGGAAAGUCCACUGACAGGGAAAAACUGACAUUCUGCUAAAAUUAUUUUAAAUUGUGUUCCAAAAGCAAAAAUGUCAGUCUAAAACACACAAAUAAAUUACGUUUUAUAUAUAUAUAUAUAUAUAUAUAUAUAUAUAUAUAUAUAUAUAUAUAUAUAAAGAUUUUGUGCCUUAUAUUCCUGCUGUAAAAUACACAGAGAUGAAGUACACUGAUAUUUUAUUCGAAGACUGUCUAAUCUAUCAGCUCACUGCUGCCUCCUGCUGACUCACUAUUGAUUUACACCUUCAUUUGAGGACAAAUGCUGCAAUAUCAUCCCUUCAAAUGACAUUGAAGAAUACGAACGUCUUUUUAAAAACAAUUUCUCAAUUUCAAGUUCUUUACUGUUCACUUAUAGACCUAUAUAAUAUUUUCCAUUUUAAAAAAUGGAAAUUAAUACAGGUUUGGAACAACUUCACUGAGUAAAACAUGACAGAAUUUUUAUGUCUGGGUGAACUAUCCCUUUAAUGUCAAAUUAGCAGCGUUUUUUUAAAUAGCCUAAUUGUUGAAACAUGUUAAUCUCAAUAGUGUGAUAUUGGCCUAACCUGAAACACCUUUCUUUAUAAGCCCUGUUGUGCUCCAUAUUUUCAAAAUGAACAAAAAUAUACACUGAGUUAAAAUAUAUGCUGUUUUUACUCUGACAACUUUUUUUCACUCAUUUCAGCAUGUUUUGUUACUUCCUGUCCUUAUCUUCCCCAUAGUUCCUGUAGCUCAACACUUCCAGAACCUCAUCAGAUAAGAAUCAACCAUGUUCUGUUCAAGAGAUAGUAAAUGCUGACGAUAUCAGUUUGGGUCAUUUGAAUACAGAAUUACACACAUGGCAUAUGAAGACUAAAUACUCAGCAGAGAAUACUGUAUAAUACAUUUCAUGUUCUUAACAGGGAACAUUCGAAUACUGCAGACCAAGUGUGAAACAUUUGAAUCAUGAAUAGAUCAGGUUUUACUGUUAUUUUCAUGUCUCAGCAGCUGAUUUUUAGAUUAAAAGAGAGAGAGAGAGAGAGAAAGAGAAAAACCACAAACACAAGCACAUGACUUGGCACAUAAUGUCUAAGCAUCAUAUCAAGUGAUAUCAAGUUUACUAAAGUGUUGGAAAGCUGGCACAGCACUUACUGAAUACUGGCACCAUCCGUUUGCCAUGUGUUUACUUGCUUUUGCGAAGAGAUCUGUUACUUUGUAGGGCACGCUUGAAAGUAGGACGCCUGGGUACUAGCACAUACUAUAAGGCAGAAUUAGGUGUGCAAUCCAUAAGUGUUAUUGAGGACAAUCAGAUUGAACUCACCUCAGGGCCCGAGAAAGAUUUAUCUGAUAGCAUCAUUGCGAAACUACUGUUAGUCGGAAAGAUGCAUGACUCAUUAUGGAGAAAACAACUCUUAAUUUGGUUGAUCUUGUGAAAGAAUGUCUGGUCAGAAGGCACAAACAUUAUAAACAAAACUAGCCAUCACAAAAGCUCCUCUAAAGCCGCAUGAGUAAAUAUAGGCCUCAGUUUGAUUCUCAUCACCGUAGGCGUGGGGUUAAGAAGUGUGUAGUUUCACAUUUAACCUCAACUCUGACUAUCACAUCAAUGAUAAUAAUAUAAACCAUACACUUACUCUCAUGUCUAAAACUGAACUAUGGACUCACAACAAUUAUUUUAAAUGCUCUCUUGCUGCACAUUUAAUCUUGGUCGUGUAACCAUUACAUAAAGUUACAUUUAUUUGUAUAGCUCUUUUUCACAAUACAAACAUCUUUACAGAAAAUCAUGCUUUUUUAGGGAGUAUUUUUCAAAGUAACGCGUUGACAAAUAUUCCCUAAAAAACAACUAUUGUGUUACUUAGUUACUUUUUAUGGAAAGUAAUCUGUUACAUUACUUUUGCAUUACAUUUUCUGACCUGCUUGUUUGUUUUUUUAUUAUUUAAAAAAAAAAAAAAAAAAAAAAAGUUUUGGCAAAUGUAAAGGCCCAAAGACAUUAGUUAAUAAAGUGAGAUUAAAUACAUACGGAGCCCCACACAUGACAAGCAAGAAAAAAACUAAAUCGUGCCCACGUUUUACUAAUUUGUUUCCUCGAUUUACAAAAUCAUGUGCACGAUUUAUUAUUUUUUCUGCAUGUCAUGUGCAGGGCUCCAUACUGGAGAGUUGUCAGUCAAUUAAAGAGGAAAACUUGUGUUACUUAUUUGAAAAAGUAACUCAGAUAUUUUGUUGUAUAUUUACUUUACUAGUUACUUGGAAAAGUAAUCUGAUUACAUUUUAUUUUUAGUCACAUUUAGCAGAUUAGUUCAUAUUUUGCGACGGUAUACAAGCAAUCAAACUGGUGAGAUACUGUAUGUAUGCGGAUAAAGUUGGACUUGUAUAUCCAACUUUAUAUAAAGAGCUGGUCAAUAAUAUUAGCUAUAUUAUCACCCUGCUCUUUAUAUAAUGAUGGAUAUAUUAGCACUGAAAUAUGUAGCGCUUACCAGGCUAUACAUCCAUAUGAUCCAUUAAACACUUCACAGAUAAAUUCAUAAUUAAAUUAAAAAUAAAUACAGCUGCAUGAAACGUUAAAAUGGUCAUAUUUGUAGUUUUUUUUUUUUAGGCUUAUAAAGCAGUUAAACUCUCUGGUAUUGUUAAUUUGGGAGUCACACUUAUGUUGUUCACGGUCAAAAGUAGCCGAACACCUACAACCCGAAUUCCGGAAAUUUUGUGACGCUUUUUAAAUUUGAAUAAAAUGAAAACUAAAAGACUUUCAAAUCACAUGGGCCAAUAUUUUAUGGAUUUAUUGGAUGCCUGUGGUCUUCGGGCCCUCAGACGACACUGCAUCACUCAUCGGCAUGAUUGUGGCAAUGACAUUACUAAAUGGGCCCAGGAAUACUUCCAGAAACCACUGUCGGUAAACACAAUCCGCCGUGCCAUCUGCAGAUGCCAACUAAAGCUCUAUCAUGCAAAAAGGAAGCCAUAUGUGAACAUGGUCCAGAAGCGCCGUCGUGUCCUGUGGGCCAAGGCUCAUUUAAAACGGACUGUUUCAAAGUGGAAAAGUGUUCUAUGUUCAGACGAGUCCAAAUUUGACAUUCUUUUGGGAAAUCACGGACGCCGUGUCCUCCAGGCUAAAAAGGAGGGAGACCUUCCAGCGUGUUAUCAGCGUUCAGUUCAAAAACCAGCAUCUCUGAUGGUAAUAAGUGCAUACAGUAUGGGCAACCUGCAUGUUUUGGAAGGCACUAUGAAUGCUGAAAGGUAUAUAAAGGUUUUAGAGCAACAUAUGCUCCCCUCCAGACGACGUCUAUUUCAGGGAAGGCCUUGUGUAUUUCAGCAGGACAAUGCAAAACCACAUACUGCAGCUAUUACAACAGCAUGGCUUCAUCAUAGAAGAGUCCAGGUGCUGAAUUGGCCUGCCUGCAGUCCAGAUCUUUCACCUAUAGAGAAAAAUACAUCAAAGAUGACCACAAACUCUUCAGCAGCUGGAAACCUAUAUCAGGCAUUUCAACACCAAAACCUUAACCUUGAUGUUCAGAAGUCUUCACGCUGUUUUGAAAAGAAGAGAAGAUGGUACACCAUGGUAAACAUGCCCCCGUCCCAACUAUUUUGAGACCUGUAGCAGGCGUCAAAUUUGAAAUGAGCUAAUUUUGUGCAUAAAAUUGUAAAAUAUCUCAGUUUAAACAUUUGUUAUGUUAUCUAUGUUCUAUUGUGAAUAAAAUAUUGACUCAUGUGAUUUGAAAGUCUUUUAGUUUUAAUUUUGUUCAAAUUUAAAAAACGUCCCAACAUUUCCGGAAUUCGGGUUGUAAAAUGUAACAUUUUUUAUUAUUAAUUAAAAUCAAUAUAUUUUUGCUCAAUAAUAUUUUUUCUUUUUAAUUUUGUAUUUUGGGAGAAUUUUAUUUUAUUUUUAUUUUUUUUUUUAAGCAGUUUAGGUUGUGGAUUUGUAUGUAUAUUUAGACGUUCUCACUCUUUUGUCAAGGUUUAGAUAUUUUUUGUUUGAAACGUUGAUUUGAAGUGUCAGUUUUUCCCAUUCAUUUUACUACAGUCAAACCUGAACACAGAGCAAGUAAUUUCGAUAAAUUUCAAUAAAAAUUGAAAAGGAAUUCUUUAUCAGAGCUUAAUCAGACUGGGUCUGAUCUGAUUUCAAACUCUUAUUUGAGUCUUCUGGCUCAAUUUUGCCAUAUUGUUACAUCCACACCAGUUUAUUUGUGUGUGUGUGUGUGUGUGUGUCUGUUUGUAAGUGAGUGUGUGUCUGUUUUGUACUCGAUGUUGAGUGUAACCUCUUGCUGUCCAUUUUUUACUGCAUUCUGUGUUCAAUUAUUGAUUUUAUUUCAUGCAUUUGCAAAAACUUUGUCACACCAGUUCAUAUUUGUGGGUGGGAUGGGUGGAGUGUGUCUAUUUUGCACUCUUGAUAUAUUAAAGUGUCACCCUUCACUGACACUGCUGUGUGUUUUGUUUCUCAAUUGUGGCUAAUUUGUAGGUUGUACACACACAAAAUGACUUUUUCAUAUUUUUCGUAUUACCCUUUCAUUUCCUAUAGUGGUCAUUUCUGACACAAGUGUUUUUUUCGUUUGUUUGUUUGUUUUUUUGUGGUCACAUAUUCACUGAGACAAAAGUCACAGAGUUUAGUACUAAUGAAAUAGCAAUUUUUUUAAUUUCAAAACAUAUUUUUUCUCAGCCUAAAAUGACCCAACAACACCAGAGAGUUAAAGCGCCAAACGCACGUGUGAUGAUAUCGGUUAGGAGACAUUUGAAACGUGUCACAGAAUGCUGAUCUGAAUGCUCAAGUGUGAAAAGGUUGGCAAUGAUAAGAGAUCAGAUGACUGAUAGACUUGAUCAUCAAAAGGAUGAAAAACAGUGCGAGAGAGACUGAAAGACAGACAGUGAGUGAGAGAGAGACAGAGAGGCGGGAACAACUGAAACUCUCUUUUCAUUUUCGCGUGAAACCAGAAACAACAGCAACUUCAGGCUAAAGAGAACAUGCAUCGCUCUUCAUUCCUUCUCAUAUUGAUGUGUUUUUCUGAUAUUUUGGCGAGUUUCAUCACUUUGGGUGAUCAGUAUAGUCUGGAGUGUCUCAGUAAUUAUUUAUCCAACAUCACCUGCUCUCUGAACAUCUCGGCCGAGUCUCUGGGCAACGAAUCGUCCUACUGGCUGCAUUUCAGCACAGAUGAUGAAGAACACUAUGACUGCACACUGAAGAGGAGAAAACAGUCAUUACUAUGUGAGCUGGAUAUAUCACCAGAGAUUUUCAGCGAUAUGGACAGCUACACAAUCUCCCUCCGUUCCGGUUACCAUGGCAACAACUCCGUCGUACUACAUGAUGGCUUCAGGCCUAGUGAACAUAUUCGUCCGGUCCCUCCAUCGAACCUGUCACUACUGUGGGAGAAGGACAGGGCGCUUUUCCAAUGGCAGAGCGGAUAUGAUCCAUAUGAUCCAGACAAUUUACAUUCCAGUCUCAUUUCCAAUCUCCAGUACCAGCUCAGCGUGUACAGCGAACACAAGCUGUAUGAGGUAGAAGCUGUUGACCAGAAGGUGUAUAUGGACAAGUUUAGAUUUGAACCUCACACAAAUUACACCGUGCGUGUGAGAUCGCUGCCUGAUCAAGAGGAUUAUAAAGGCGUGUGGAGUCUGUGGGCCCCUGCGUUACACUGGAGGUCAGGGGACUUUCACAAAGAGACUCCAGAAAGAUCUUUCCAUAUUGCCUGGUUUUUCUUGCUUUUGCCAUUGCUGCUCGUCCUUCUGGUCUGUAUCCCAUACUCCAGAUGGAGAAAGGAUGAUUAUAUACCAUCACCAGCUCCUUAUUUCAGAGACUGGGAUGUAGAUGUUCAGGCGCGUCCAGAAGCCUAUGCAGAGAUGAUGAGAGUCAGUUAUGUCAACUUCAUCUUUGCAGCCAACACUGAUUCAGAAAACAUUUCUUUAUUAAUAAACAAUUAAAAUGUCUUCUUGCUGUUUUUGUCAAAUUCAUAAUCAUUAUUAUGAAUUCUUUAUGGCAAGCUUUAUGCGUGCGCUUGAGUGCUAUAUAGCCUAUAUUACGAAAAUGCUCAUUAUUAUGGUUUAUUCUCUCCAGUAUUUAAGAAAUUAAAUUAAUAUAAAUGUGAUUAGUCAACUAAUGGCUUAAAUGAACAACUACUAGUCGACUAGAAAAAAACUUAUUUCACAUAUUUUCGAUCCAGCAUGUCACAAAGGGUAUUCUGGUUUGAGCUCGCGCUCCACUCGCAUGCUCACAGACACACACACAUACAGAGCAUCGUACAUUAUUAUUAGUUUAAAAUGAUAUUUGUGUAUGACUAACCCCAACACACACCAGAGAAAAAACAGGUGCUAUGGCUGAGAGAUAGCCUACUCGGAUGAAAACCGCUUCAGUGAGCUCAAUUAUAGUAACGCAGAAUUUUUUUGUCAGUAACGGUAACGGCGUUGUAACGGAAGAAAAAGUAAUUCGUUUGAUUACUCGUUACUGAAAAAAGUAACACUGUUUAUUUAUAACGCCGUUAUUCCCAUCACUGUGUAAAAGUAAUUUAAUAUUAAUUUUACAGAAUUAUAGCAAAGUGGUAUAGUAUAUAAUAUUACUAUUAUACAUUUUUAAUAAAUUAAUUGUCAUGCUAAAUACACACAAACAUCAUUAAUUAUUGGAAGAAAAAAACAUAACUAAUAUAAUAUAAGCUAAGCUAGCAGGCUAAUCGGGUAGGCUACAUAAGAUCCUAACCAGACGCAACGCCACGACACGCGAUAAAAGGUAUCUUUUCCAUGUUAAUCGGAGUUUUUGUUCUAACCAGUCGCGAGGGCGACACGCGAUGAUUCGGUUUCUAUUUCUCCGUGACAUCGCGGCUGGAACAGCAAGACAAAGUAUGGCGAUGAUAAUAUCAUGUACUGUUUAGGUGCUUUAUUUAAUGUUAAAAUCGUCUAAUCUGAGUUUGAAUAUCAUUCUGUGUUCCCAGCUUUUUAGCUGUAAUGAAAACAACACUGGCUAAUUCACCUCAGAUCUUGAAAAUAAAUAAAUGGGCACAAAAACGUUCAAACUGUCAACUCAGUGCGC